UUGAGAAUAAUUUUAUUAAGAUUAAAACUAACAUGAAUGCAUCUCAAAGAUCAAGCCAAUACGUUCCAAAGCCAGGAACAAAAUACUCAACACCAGUGACCUAUGACAGUAAUGAAAACAGCGGCCACAAGCAGUUUGGAAGGUCCAAGACUUCUUCUCAUAAAAUGAACUCUAGCACUAACUAUAAGUCAGGGUACUCCGUUAACAAACCAUCAGAGAUUAAAUAUGGUGAGGAUAUUAAGCAACAGAUGGGAAAUGAGCUUGAAGAAUCUUAUCAUGAUGAGCUUGAUGAGUUCUCAACUCCAAAUUCAACCCAACAGAAUCGUGAAAUAAAUAGAAUGUCUUAUGUCUCCCAAUUGAAGUCGAUGAAAACAAAAACCAGCAAGUUCGAUGAUGAUCAAAGCGAAGAAGUCGAAGAUUUGCUAAUGAAGAACGGCUUUCACCAGUCCAAAGGAGAAUUCUCCUUAAAGAAUUCGAGUCACCAAGACUGUUACUUCAAGAAUAUGAAUGAGUUCGUUGAUGACAAGCUUGAUAUGGUGGUUGAAAAACUUGCUGAAAAGAAGUCUCUCUCCACAGUCAAUAAUACCCUCAGGUGAGUUGUAGACAAGCUUUCCAAAGAAACCAGCAAACUCAUGAAAGAGAAAAAGGAUCUUGAGCAGAACUACGACAAAGAGUUUGAGAAGAACAAAAAGCUCAACUCUGAAUGCGAUGAAAUACUCGAGCAGCUUACUGUAUUCAGAGAGAAUCUUGAAAGCUACAGGAUCAGUGAAAAUGCAAAUAUCAACUCGAUGAGAGAUGAUGAAGCUGACAUGAAAAAUAACUACAACCAUAAUUUGCAGCAGUUCAACCUUGACAAGAACUUGUGGAACGACGACUUGAAAGAGCAAAGAUCAGAAAUCAAAGAACUCGAAGAAGAAAACAGACUUGCACAGCUUUCACUAAAAGAUGUCCAGGCCAAACACAAAUACUGCAAGAAGCUGGAAUAUGAGAAGACAAUGGUUUUUAAAGAAAAAGCUAAAAUCCUUGGUCAGUUGAUCAAAGAUGAAAAGCCGACAUUAAAAGCAACCACGAACAAAAGAGUCAUGGACAUCACUAAGACAUUUGCAAAGAAGCUCGACCAUAGGAAGAUCACAUCAGGCAUUGACACUACGAGAGGCAUCAUCGACCUGAGCAGCACGAAGUUGUUCAACACAACUCUAAAUUCAAUUAGAAUUAACGGAGUGGAGAAGACUUUUGACUCCAUUGAGAAGAUCAAAUCAGCAAAGGGGGCAAAGAGGGGAUCAAUGACAAAGAUGAAUGUGAGCCAUAACUCCUUGAACAUUCAUAAAUAAUCCUGAAGCAUAGCCAGAAUCAAUGACAU